AUGAGGACUUCAGAGGGAGCUAUUACUUGGGAGGAUUUUGAUGAAGCACCAGUGGCCAGUCUACCGGCCAAGUUCAGGAUGCCUGAGAUUGAGAGAUACACAGGCAUAGGAUGCCCUUGCAUCCAUUUGAGACUCUAUAGUACUGUUAUGAGAGCCCACAGACUGGAUGAGGCCCAGAUGGUUAUGCUUUUCCCUAUGUCAUUGAGCGGUGCUGCACAGCGUUGGUUCACUUCAUUGGAUGUAUCACGCCGUAGGACUUGGGAUGACUUAGCCCAGGAGUUUUUGAGACAGUUUGCAUUUAACACAGUCAUUGAUGUUUCGAGGAGAGAGUUGGAGGCUUUGAGACAGAGGCCGGAGGAGUCAGUUACUUCAUUUAUCUCCUGCUGGAGGGAGAAGAUUUCACAGAUUAUAGAUCAUCCUUCAGAGAGAGAUCAGAUUAGCAUGAUCAUGAGGAGCUUACAACCUAGAUUCGCUAGACACUUGAUGGGAUUUACUCAUACGGAUUUUGGAUCUUUGGUACAGGCUUUGCAUGGUAUAGAGGAGGACAUUGCUAGAGAAUUAUGGUCUGAGUCUUCCCCUACUGACUCUAAGGGGAAGAAGCCUUUAGGAGGACAGAGAUCAGGAGAUGUUGGUGCUAUCAGUUCAGCAGGGAUGAGGCCUCCUAGACGCUAUCAGACAGUUGAGCAGACUCCUGGGUUCUACUAUCCACUCUCACCUUAUGCGCAUUAUAGGCCGCCUGCUCCUUCCAGACUUAUGACUCCUACUUAUCUGCAUCUAGUCUCACAACCUGUUUUUGCUGCACACGUCACAGAGAGGCCUCCUACCCCAUAUACUCGACCCCGAGCUCCGCAGACCACUACUUAUGUGCAGAGGCCACCACGUCAGUUUGCUCAAUUGGGUAUGCCUUUGAGUCAAGCUUUUCAGAAGCUCACAGAGGGUGGAUUAUUGACUCCAUUAGCAUCCGGGCCUUUACCCCAGCCCAUACCACCUCGCUUUAGGAUGGACUUACAUUGUUCCUACCAUCAGGGACCAGGGCAUGACACGGACCAUUGCACUGCUUUGAAACAUGCUAUUCAGGACUUGAUAGACCAGGGUUCGGUUAACUUGGGGCAGCCAAGUGUAACCACGAACCCUCUUCCUGCUCAUUCCACACACGCAGCGCCUCCAUCUCCAGGAGAUAUUCAUCACAUGGACCUUGUAGAGGAUGACAGUAUACACAUGUUGAGUUGGGAUGAUGGAUUUCCCAAGUCAUUUGUUUUGCAUGAUAGUUAUGAGAUUGAUGGGGUUUCAUUGGUCCCUCAGACUCCUGCACUAUUUAGUUCGAUCUCGGACGAGGCACCGUUCCAAUUGACUCAUCCUACACCCUUAGUUAUCGGAUGUCAGGAUGCUUUUAUCCCAUUCACUUUAUGGCUAGAUAAUGAUGAUUCAGAGGGGAGAGAGGUAUAG